GUGGUGAGGAAGGGGGAGGGUGGUCUUGCAGUCCACGAGAGGAACAGGAGUUUAUUGAAGCUGCAACGAGAGGGGGAGAAAAAAAACCCCUCUGCAUGAGCCCUGCGGAUGGUGAGGGAAGAAACGGGACUAAUGACCACUUUACGCAGAGAGACCGCGGCUCCAAUUGUUUAACUUGUUGAUGCAACAUCAUUGCUCUGUUUUUUUUUCUUUCUUUCUUCCAUCGUCUGGUAGUCUGCAGUCAGUGACAAAUAGAUGGGUGUUGGAACUGCAAGUACUCUCCUCCGAGCAUAGGUAUUUUGACUGAACUGACCGUGGAUGCAGUUUAAUGGGCAAUCUUCUCUAAUAAGAUGCGAUUCAUCGUGACAGCCGGGAGCAGGGUCGUAUUCUGAAGCAGUUACCAGGUCAAGCAUGGCAGCAGGUGUGGCGGCGUGGCUGCCCUUCGCCCGCGCGGCGGCCAUCGGGUGGAUGCCCGUGGCGAGCACGCCGAUGCCCGUGCCCCCUCACGACCGCAGGAAGGGCCAGGACGGACUCAUCGUCCUCAACGUGAGCGGCACCAAGUUCCAGACGUGGCGCACCACGCUGGAGCGCUACCCGGACACGCUGCUGGGCAGCACGGAGCGCGACUUCUUCUUCCACGAGGAGACCAGCGAGUACUUCUUCGACCGCGACCCGGACAUCUUCAGGCACAUCCUCAAUUUCUACCGCACGGGCAAGCUGCACUACCCGCGCCAGGAGUGCAUCUCCGCCUACGACGAAGAGCUCACCUUCUUCGGCAUCAUCCCGGAGAUCAUCGGCGACUGCUGCUACGAGGAGUACAAGGACCGCCGGCGCGAGAACGCGGAGCGGCUGCAGGACGACGAGGAGAUGGACAUGAGCAACGAGGUGGCGCCGGUCAACCUCACCGUGCGGGAGUACCUGUGGCGCGCGUUUGAGAACCCGCACACCAGCACGCUGGCGCUGGUUUUCUACUAUGUGACGGGAUUUUUCAUCGCCAUCUCGGUGAUGGCCAACGUGGUGGAGACGGUUCCGUGCGGGACGCUGCCCAACAGGUCCAAGGAGGCGUCCUGCGGAGAGCGUUACGCGCUGGCCUUCUUCUGCCUGGACACGGCGUGCGUCAUGAUAUUCACGGUCGAGUAUCUGCUGCGCCUGAUCGCUGCUCCCAGCCGCUAUAAGUUCAUGAAAAGUGUGAUGAGCGUCAUCGACGUGGUGGCGAUCAUGCCCUACUACAUCGGCCUGGUCAUGACCGACAACGACCAGGUGAGCGGCGCGUUCGUGACGCUCAGGGUCUUCAGGGUCUUUCGGAUUUUCAAGUUCUCCCGGCACUCGGCGGGGCUUCGCAUCCUGGGCUACACCUUGAAGAGCUGCGCCUCCGAGCUGGGCUUCCUGCUCUUCUCCCUUACCAUGGCCAUCAUUAUCUUUGCCACUGUCAUGUUUUAUGCAGAGAAAGGCUCCACGGCAAGCAAGUUCACCAGUAUCCCCGCGGCGUUUUGGUACACCAUUGUCACCAUGACAACACUGGGGUACGGUGACAUGGUGCCAAAAACAAUUGUGGGGAAGGUAUUUGGGUCCAUAUGCUCUCUGAGUGGGGUGCUGGUCAUUGCCUUACCCGUCCCUGUCAUUGUGUCAAACUUCAGCCGUAUCUACCACCAAAGCCAGCGGGCGGAGAAACGACGAGCCCAGAGGAAAACUCGCCUUGCUAGAAUCCGCGCUACGAAGAUUCGAGGCACUAAUGCGUUUUUGCGCUUCAAACAAAAUGGGCUCCUGAUCGACUCGCUGGAGGAGGCCUCCAAGGAGGCAGGACAAGCCCUGGUGGCCAAGGCCGCGACCCCUCCUUUCGAGUGUCAACAUAAUCAUCUGCUGCACUGCCUGGAGAAGACCACGAAUCACGAGUUUGUGGACGAGCAGACGUUUCAGGCCAACUGCAUGGAGAUCUCCGUGGUGAACAAGGCCGGCUCUCGCACAUCCUCGCUGUCCUCGUCUCCGCGGGGCCUCAGCUCAUGCUGCUCCCGGCGCCACAGGAAGAAGAGCAGCUUCAGCCUCCCCAGCACAAACAACCAGGAGCUGAGCACCAUACAGAUAAGAGAGAGGCCUAUGGCCAACAGCCGCUCCAGCCUGAAUGCCAAACUCGAUGAGACUGUGCCCUUGAAAUGUGAUGAACCUUACAUCUGCCCGUCCAUGGUCAGCCUAUCUGCCCCGGUGGUGGCCUCAUCAGACGAGGACACCUCCACCACCACAGUGUACUCUCAGAGCAACAUUGUCCGAGUAUCUGCCUUGUAGAUGUCACGCCUAUCUGAUCUGAUCAGCUGACUGGUCUCAGAAAGCACCAGAUGCUGAGGAGAGGGACCACCGAGCAUCAACCUGCCAUAAUCUAGAGGGAUUAUAAGAUUAACAGAGGUUGGGGUUUUUCUAAGUAGUGAUCUCAUCUGAUGUCAAACUCUGCAUGGUAUUAAAAAAAAAAAAAAGUGAUGUGGACAGCUGCUUUGGAAGUAGAAACGCAUCAGCAGAUCUUGCGUCAUUAAGCACAGCAGAGCGAGGAGGUGUUGGGAAUGCGUGAUCGUCAUCGUUGCCUAUGUAUACCGAGGAAAAAACUUUAUUUUUGAAUAUGUAAUGUUGUUGUAUUUGUUGUCUCUGAUUCAGACUUGGGAAGGCAGAUGUUUAGAGGCCAUUUUUAAUGGUCUCUGUUGACAAAGCACACGUACUCAUUACCUGAUGGCCAUCUUUGUCAAUAUUAAAUCACUCUGCUUACACGUUUGACAUUCACAUCACUCACCGCUCAGUUGCAUAGAUUGUUUUGAGACCCCUGAAUUAAAUGCUGUUGUAUCUUAUCCUCACUGUUGUUAAUCCCCCCCCACCCCACCCCCCCAAAAAAAAAGUUUAAAUCCAGUGGAAUGGAUAACUAUUGUGAAUAUUCAUGAACUGACUCAUUACCUGGUUGAUGUCAUCGCUUGAUGAGUAAAAUAUAUGACGCAUCCUGACAUGUUUGUGAAAUGUACAAGUGAAAGUCAAAUGACAAACUCUGUGUCAGCUUACAUACUUUACAUUUUGGACCUGUGUGAAAGCCACAAUUGUUAGUGAACAACUGAUACAGAGAACUUUACAGGGUAUAUAUUAGUUAGGGCACAAAGUAGAAGCAUUAAGUGAAUGUUCUUGGCAACACUUAACUAAUACUAACCCUAAUGUGGACACAAACUGUAGUACUGACCUGGAAAACCUUAUGGAAGAGUGUUGAACAUCGCUCCCAUUGACUUCCUCACAAAAGAUUAGAUUCAAGAUCAAGAAUUGUUGUGUUAAAGGGCCAUUUUGUAUAUUUUUCAUAUUGUAAAUAUCUCAGAACUUUUAUCAAUGCAUUCAACGUUGGGUCCUCUUAUUUCUAGAUUUAGCUGAACAGUUGUUGGCAAACUUUUUUCUGUCUGUUAUCUGGUUGAAUUAAGGAUUUGCAUGCCAUCAUUGCCGAAUUCUGUUUUAUUCAAGUAUGUCUCUGCUUCUUGUUGGAGGUUUGUCAGUUCAAACGAGACCAAUGGAGGGAAACACAGUGAGGCUGGUGUUCUGAUGUAAGUUCUGCAACACGUUGCUUUUAAUAAAAUGCAAAUUUUGUCAUGGGCUGCAUAUAUAUAUAUAUAAAGGGUAAGGAAACGGGGGCAAAUAAUCACACAUUGUGCAUUUUUUGGUGCAGUGGAUAGAAUAAAC